CCAGCUAGCCGCCGGCAUCAGAUUUGCUCGCGAUGCUCUCCGCAAUGGUUCGCCAUUCGGCGGGGUCCUGCAAGGGGACAGGCCCGACUUAAUCCCGGACGCUGCCUCCCAAACGCCCGCCUUCGGCCCGCAGCCGCACCUUGCCCCCCCCUGUGGCGCGCGGCGGCCCCCGGCCGCCGCGCACCUGGCCCGCGCGGCCAGCGAUGGGCCCGCCCGCGAGGCGGGAGAGGACGGCUGCGGAGUGGGCCAUGGGCGUGGCGACGGUCAUGGGGAGCCAGUCCGUCGAGGACGGCGCCGCCGCCGGGCGGGCGGCGGCGUGCGCGGCGUCCGCCGCGAUGGAGGGCGACGUCCGUGCGACGGGGUACUGCAUCGCGGAGAUGACGGUCAACACGGCGCGUGCCGGCGCGGGGCUUGCCUCGGCAGUCACGCUGACCACGGUCGGCACAGUCAUGGAGAUUCCAGGCGCCGUGGUCGGCCAGCUCUCCCCCGCGGCGCGGCCGGGGUGCCCGUGGUGGGGCCUCGGCGGCGCGCAGGCGCCGGCGGCGGGGGCCGCCGCGGAGCUUCUGCCUCCCAGCGCCGCCACGAGGGCGACGGCGGAGGCAAGCGUGGCGGCGGGGGCGCCGGUCGCCGCGGACGCCGUGGCGCGGCUGCAGGCGCUGGGGAGCCUCUCCUCCCGUCCGCGGUGCUGCUCCGCCGACGAGCCGGCGGGCGGGGUGCGCCAGGCCCCCGAGGCGCCCGCGCGGGAGAGCCCGUCGCGGAGGCAUGAGAGCAGCGGCUGCGCUUGCACCGCGGGGCUGCGUGCCCUGGUCGCCCGUCGGCGGGGUGCGCUGGCAAUUCAAAUCUAGUUGUUUGUGCUCC